ACUGAACUAUUAUUGAUUUUAAAAUGCAGGUAACAUGUCAGUAAUAUGGAAUGGGAGAACCCCCAGGCUAAAUAUUAUGGACCCAGAACUAGUAAAGGAUAUUCUUUCUAACAAGUUUGGACAUUUUGAGAAACCCAAUUUCAACCCACUGACCAGUUUGUUAGCAAGAGGGCUUGCAAAGCAAGAAGGAGAGAAAUGGGCCAAGCACCGAAGGAUCAUCAACCCUGCAUUCCAUAUGGAGAAGUUAAAGAGGAUGCUUCCAGCAUUUUAUACAAGCUGCUCUGAGAUGAUCACAAGAUGGGAGAAACUGGUUGCCAUGGAAGGUUGCUGUGAAUUGGAUGUAUGGCCUGAGCUCCAAAAUUUAACGGGAGAUGUCAUCUCUAGGACAGCAUUUGGCAGUAGCUACGAUGAAGGCAGGCGAAUAUUUCAACUUCAAAAUGAACAAGCUGCCCUUGUAAUCCAGUCUAUGUUGUCCAUAUAUAUACCAGGUUGCAGGUUAUUACCAACAAAAAGGAAUAAAAGAAUGAAGGAAAUUGACAGAGAAGUGCGAAGCCUCCUAAGAGGAAUCAUCAAUAAGAGAGAAAAGGCUAUAAGGUUAGGGGAGGCCAGUGAUGAUGAUUUACUAGGCUUGCUUCUAGAAUCCAAUUUUAAGGAGAUUCAUGAACAUGGCAGUGGUAAGAACCUUGGAUUGAGCAUUGAAGAAGUGAUAGAGGAAUGCAAGCUAUUUUACUUUGCAGGACAAGAGACAACAGCAAAUUUGCUUGUGUGGACCAUGGUUGUGCUGAGUAUGCAUCCAGAGUGGCAAAUCCGUGCAAGGGAAGAAGUAUUACAAGCCUUUGGAAAAAAUAAGCCGGAUUUUGAUGGUCUAAACCACUUAAAAAUUGUAACCAUGGUCUUGUAUGAAGUUCUUAGGUUAUAUCCACCAAUAUUUAUCAUAACCAGAUAUACUUAUAAGAAGAUGAAACUAGGAGAUGUCUAUUUGCCUCCUGGAGUACAACUCUUGUUGCCCACGAUUCUUGUCCAUCAUAGUAAACAACUUUGGGGUGAAGAUGCACAAGAAUUCAAACCAGAGAGAUUUUCAGGAGGAGUUUCAAAGGCAACAAAGAAUCAAGUCUCAUUCUUCCCAUUUGGUUGGGGUCCUCGGAUAUGCAUAGGCCAGAACUUUGCUAUGAUGGAAGCAAAGAUGGCAUUGACCUUGAUUUUACAACAUUUUUCGUUUGAGCUCUCUCCCUCAUAUGCUCAUGCCCCUUACACUGUCAUAACUAUUCAGCCUCAAUAUGGUGCCCAAAUCAUCUUACAUAAGUUAUGAUAUUUUUCACUGUAAUGUUGAUACCUGCAAGUUCUUCACCCCAUUCUGAAUCAUCUUAGGAAAGAAUCAGAACAAAAUAAAAUUGGCAUAUUAGUUUGGAUGGUUUCGGUCUA